CGAGUUGACCUCCAAACGUCAUUCCUCAUCUCAAUCCGACAGCCACACCCUAUAAACUUCCUAUUAUCCACAUGUCAAAAUAUUCUAAUAAUAUAAAAUUUUGAGACAGCGAGCCAACAUUAUACGUGUGACCAGUUACAUGAAUAGCUCCGGCUAAGACCACAGAAACAAAAAUGGCGGACGAACAAGUGUCUCUUACUUCCCUAAUCCUAAUAGUUGUCCUCGGCGGCCUCAUCAUUCGAUACCUAUUCUUCUCAUCGACAACCCAAGCACCACGACCGCAACGAGAUCCCCAAUCGGCGUCGCGCGCCAGGGAGGCCGCUGUAGAGAGGAUACAACAGAUGUUUCCACAGGUUGAUCGGAGGACUAUAUUGUGGGAUUUGCAUCGCAAUGGAGGGAAUAUAGCGGCAACUACGGAAAGGAUAUUAUCAGGGCGAAUAGAGACGCCCCCUGUUACUUUCCAACCUCCGCCUCUCCCAACAUCUCCGUCCCCAUCUUCGGCCCAAACGCAACCCUUCAAAACGCCGUCAAAGCCCUCCGAGCCGGACUUGAUUACUAGAUACAAUCUGAAAGAGAAGAUCAAUGCUAGUGAGGAGGCCGAGGCCGCGAAGAAGACGAAAGCAUGGAGUUCCAAUCGCGAUGAGAGGCAAGCGUCCUUACAACGAAGACGAGACGAAAUGAUUCUGGCAGCAAGGAAGAAAAUGGAGGCCAGGAUUGCAGCUGAGAAAGCAACAGCGGAAAAGGCACAAUGAUGUAAAAAAUGCGCGAGACUGCAGGAUCGGUUUAAUGACGCGGAAUCCGAGUCGCAUGUGAACUGUAUAUUUGGAGUUUUUGUACUCAAGUCGGCCUACUCGAACCAGCGGUGUUUUGGAAUAUCUUGCAAUAUCAUUCAAUGAA